AUGCACACCAGUCCGGAAGUUAAUGCAACUGCGGAGCAUCUUCAAUCACUGGAAAAAGGACAGCUUAACAUGUUCGUCCUCAAGCACCUCCGGAAUUUCCACGAGUAUGACAAGACCGGCGCCGGUACCAUAUCAAUUCCGGAGAUGAAGGCAGUGCUGAGAACCACCACCAUCGGCUUGACGGAAAGGGACCUCAAAAGCGUUCUCAAACAGGCAGAUGCUGACGGAGAUGGGUCUGUCAGCUUCUCGGAGUACCUACGUUUGGCACAGAAACUGGUGGAGAUGCAGAACAAGACGAAGGGCAAGAGCUCGCGAAUCCCGAGGAUGUAUUUAGAGCCUGCCGCUCUCAAGCAGUACACGGACCUCUUCGAGGGAGCUGCCGGAGAGGACGGCGCAAUCAGCCUCAAUCAGCUUCAGGAGUUUUUGCAGCAGCACAAGAUGGCGAUAAGCGAAGAGCGAUUGACGAGUAUCAUGAAGGAGGUUGACGACGAUGACAGCGGUGUGCUGGAGCUGGAUGAGUUCUUAAUUCUGCUGAUUAAGGCUUUGGGAAUCAAGAAGAGGAAGGUCGGGCCGGAGCAGAAUCCAGCAUCGCAGCUGCGCCAAGAGGGCUGGUCCGCGGCCAGUCCUUGCAUCGCAGUGCAUCCUGCGCAUCAUCUUUGUCUCUGGAGGGCCCUUGGGGAGCUGAAGAAAGUUGGCUACGACUGUGCCGCGCUGCGGGAGGCAGUCAGGAGAGCUUGUGCCGAGUCUCGCACGAGUCGAAAUGCCCAAACAAGGCUGGCUUCACUGCAGCAGAUCUCAUGGAUGUUUGCACGGUGCGCCGCAAGCGGCAUAGCAAGAGUUGGAGAUUGGCAGACAGGGCUCAGAGAAUUGCAUGAAGCAGGCUCGUGA